UCUCUCUCUCUCUCUUCCUUCUCUGUCGCUGCGACUCUGCGUGUGUGAGAAGUGCGAGGUCGGGGCAGGUUUCUCUGCAAUGGCGACCGAGAAGCUAACGGAGUACGAGCGCCAGAGGCUCGAGAACAUCAAGCGAAAUGAUCAGAUGAUGGCCGCUCUCAAGCUCCAUUCCAAGGCCUCCCAGCUCGCCGCUUCCUCCAAGCGCCAAAAAAUCGAGAACCAGACCAAAACCUCCGCGUUUAAGAGCUACAAAAAGCCUAAAGACGAGGCUCCGGUCGUUAUUCGGCGCUCGCUCCGCGCCAGAGGGAUGCCGCCGGACUCUAAGGGUCUCAUGGAUGAUUUCGAUGAUGCGGCCCAUACAGCCCCGGAGUCAAAGUCCAAGUUUUCACCGAGGAAUAUGGGGUCUUUCUCUUUGGGUGAUGCGUACGAUGGCGCGGGAUCCCGGGAUGCAUUCGUUCGCGCGAUGCGGCGUUUCUCGAAGAAAGCCGAGAUGGGCGUUUCGGUCAAAGAGGAAAGUGGAGUUAAGGGGUGUGAAGAUGAGAUUUUGAGAAAUUCAGUCGCAGGUCUGAGUGCACACUCAGUAGGUUGUGGAGAUAUCAAGAAUGAGGAUUCAUUAGAGUUCGCUGGUUCUUUGACUCCGCAAGUGGGGGAUUCAUUAGGCUGCCGACUCGAGAGAGAAGGCACCAAGACCGAAGAAUCAUCGGAGUUCAUUAGUACAGUGAAAAUGGAGGACUCAUUAGGUUAUGGAAUUAAGAGAGAAGGUCUCGAUGAUUCCUCAGAGUUCAUUAGUUCUUUGACCCUGGAAGAGGAGAAUGUUGCUAGAGUUGUCCCCGGUAGGGUAAUGGUGGUGAAAUUUUUCCCCUCCACCGAACUGAGAAUGGUGGCUGUUGGAAGCAAGUAUGGAAAUGUCGGGUUUUGGAAUAUGGAUCCCGAGAAAGAUGAGGGAGACGGCGUGUACUUGUACCGCCCGCAUUCUGCUCCAAUUGGAGGGAUCUCGAUCCAACCAUUCAACAUUGGAAAGAUUUUUACCUGCUGCUAUGCUGGAUUUGUCCGCAUGAUGGAUGUCGAGAAAGAGAGAUUUGAUUUGGUACAUGCCAGUGAUGAUGCUAUCUUUUCUCUCUCUCAACGACCGCAUGAUGGAAGCUGCUUGUAUUUUGGUGAGGGUCGUGGAGGUUUAAAUAUCUGGGAUCUGAGGGUUGGAAAAUCCACUGCUUUGUGGGCUCUACAUGAAGAUAGAAUCAACACCAUUGACUUUAAACCACAAGAUUGCUUUGUCUUUGCAACAAGUUCUACAGAUGGCACUGCUUGUAUUUGGGAUUUGAGGAGAAUGGGUGCUGAAAAUGUGAAGAGUUUAAAGGUUAUUCAACAUGAAAGGGCCGUGCACUCUGCUUAUUUUUCUCCUUCUGGUAGCAGCCUUGCAACGACAAGUUUUGAUGACACUGUAUGUAUAGCGAGUGGGGACAAUUUUGAGAAGACUUCUCACGUGUUCCACAAUAACCAGACGGGUAGAUGGAUCUCCUCUUUCAGAGCAAUUUGGGGCUGGGAUGAUUCAUAUAUCUUCAUCGGCAAUACAAAGAGAGCAGUUGAUGUCAUCUCGCCGACGCAAAGUAAAGUUGUCAUGAGUUUGCAGAGUCCAUGCAUGUCUGCAAUCCCAUGCAGGUUUGAUGCACAUCCGCUCGAGGUUGGGGUCCUAGCGGGAGCUACUGGAGGUGGUCAGGUUUAUACCUGGACAUCUCGUAGGUAGCAAAUUCACUACAAUCCUCGCCAGUUUGUCCAGUUAAAGCUCUAAUGCAUUACUUGCAAAAUGUUGCAGUUUUUGUGAUUCGGCUGUUGACUACUUUUUGGCAAUAGAAGGCUUUGCUUUUGUCUGU